AUGUUCUUUCAUUUGUCUAUGGAACAUGAAGUGUGUCUGCAUCCCAAGUAUUUUGGCGCUAAUUUGAAUGAGACAAUAAAAAUGAAACUGUUCGCUGAAGUUGAAGGCACAUGCACUGGGAAGUUUGGCUUCGUGAUCGCUGUCACGACGAUCGACACCAUUGGCCAUGGACUUAUUCAGCCUGGGCAAGUUGUAGAUGCUGUUGUUAACCAGGUCAACAAGGUCGGUAUAUUUUGCGAUAUUGGACCAUUGUCGUGCUUUAUAUCUCGUCACUGUAUUCCACCUGAUAUGGAAUUUGACCCUAAUUCAAACCCACCUUGUUAUAAAACAGAGGAUGAAACGUCGCUUAUCAAGCAAGAUGAUGAAAUCAGAGUGAAAUUGAUUGGAACGCGAGUGGAUGCCAACGAUAUUUUUGCCAUUGGAACGCUUAUGGAUGAUUUUUUAGGCCUCUGUUCUACAGAAUAG